UGUGCUGUGGUGAAGAUUGGAAGGUAGGACUUCCAUGUUAAGGGUGGGACUGAGGGAUCCAAUCUAUAACAGCUUUAACCAGGGGCGGACUGACAACUCAUGGGGCCCCUGGGCAAUAGAGGAUCAUGGGGCCCCUGUGUCCUUGCCCAAACUCAAAAAAGCCUAUGAAAAAGGUACCAGGGGCAUCUCAUGGGGCCCUCUACUGACCCUGGGCCCUUGGGCACUGCCCGAGUUUUUAAAUGGUCAGUCCGCCCCUGGCUUUAACUCUUCUGGGAAG